AUGGCAAUGAUCAGCGUAUCGCUAGGUGUGGGAUGUGGGCACGUGAAGGGAAAGUAUCAACUACAGCCCACACACCCCAUAUUAUGUCUGCCAAUCGCGAUACACCAGCGAUGUCGAGGUAGCAAUACAUAUGAAAAAGAUGUCGCCAACAAUGCGAACAAGAUCACCGUGAUAGCAAUGUUAUUGCAUUUAGUGUUAUUUUUUCUAUUUCCGCCUCUCUAUUCCACGCAAUGUUGCUGUUGCAGAAUAACCAGUACAUCAGCACCAGUAUAUCCGGUACCAGUACCAGUACCAGUACCAGUAUAUCCGCCGAUGGGUGGCGGAAUGAUGGGAGGCGGAAUGAUGGGGAGCGGAUUUGGCUUGGGAGGAUUUCCUGACUACGGUCCACUGUUGUAUGGAACUGGUUCACCUUGGGCAGCAGGAGGAGGGCUCAUCGGCAAUGGGCUAGCAUUCCUCUUUGGUUGA